AUGGCGCAAAUAGAAGAUAACCAUUGCACUUAUUGUGAAUUUCCAACACAGAUUCAAUGUGAUGAUUGUGGUAUUUAUUUUUGCAAUGGGAAAAUCGAAGGACUCUUAUUAAGUCACAUCAUGUUUCAUUUAUCAUCAACUGGGCACAAGAACGUCAAAUACAAAGGACAGCUGCUUUGCUGUUGUAAUUGCGAAGAUUCGAACAUUUUUAAUUUGAAAUUUUUUAAAAAAGAAGACAAAGAAAUUGUUUCAUCAAUUAAAACGGGUGGAAAAUGUGAAAAGGAAUCUAAACAGUUUGAAAACAAAGAAACAAAGUGCCCAGAGAUACACGAAGAAACCGACAAAAAAGUUAUAUGCCACACAUGUCUCAGAAACGACACAAUUGUAGCACAAGCCAAUAAAGGCCUUUAUAGUCGUCCUCUCGUUUUAGAAAGUGUAUUUCACACUGAAUUCUUUGUAUAUGAAGUUGGAGCUGAUGUAACAACGCAAUAUGUAAGAAACUUCGAACAUGUAACAAAGGACAAAGGCGAUGGAACUAAUGUGACUUCUUAUUAUGAUAACAUUAAUGAAUAUUGGGCAACAUAUGACUAUUUCAUUCGUAAAGAAGAAGAAGUUGAUGAUAAGAUAACAUCAAAUAUAAUACAAGGUGUCUUUUUUGUUUUGGAGGCAGCUUCAGUUAUUACUAAGGGCAAUUUUUACCUUUUUGAUGAUAAGUUUGACGAUCGAAAUUAUGAUAUUUUAGAAGAUGUAAUGAAGAAGGUUCCAAAGUUUGUAAUGGGUCGAGUAAUUCGAAUCAGUAAUAAUGAAUAUGAGAUUAAUAUUGAUGAGAACUAUUUCGAUUUUCCAGAAGGUCCAUUAAAGGAAAAAACCAAACUUGAUGAAGAGUUGCUACACAAUUUUAAGCUUGUUCGACUCUUCUUUUUUACUCGGUUUUACCAAACUACACAAGAGAAGUUUUACAAUUUUGUGGAAGAAAACAGAGGCAAUCCAAAAAUUGAUGAAUUGUUGGGAAAGACUUGUCAACACAAACCAGACAAAUACAAUGAAAACGAUAUAGAAGCUGAACAAAAGAAAGUCUUGAACUUAGACCAGAUUAAAGCGAUUCUCAAUGGAAUGAAUAACAAAAUUUCGAUAAUUAUUGGACCACCGGGAACGGGUAAAACCAAAUGUGCUUCUGUGAUGUGUAAAACGUUGUUGGAAAACUUACAAGAAGAGGAUAAAACAAAUAGAAUCACUCACACCAAACGAAGAUUGUUGUGUAUGGCUUCAUCAAACUCAGCAACUGAUGUCUUACAAACUUAUUUACACAAUGAAGAUUUGCAUGUUCUUAGAUUAUUACCAUACGACUCAAUUGGAGAAGUUGACGAACAAAUAUUGGAAGACAGUAUAUAUAAGGUCACUUUUAAUUAA